AUGUUGUCAACUAAUGAAAUACAAAUGGAUUCAUCAUAUUCAUCGUUAAUUACAGAUGAUCGUUGUAGAUGUCAUAGUAAUGAUGAGGUGACAUCAACUUUUACAUCAAAACAUAAUUGUCAACACAUACAACGAGAUUUAUAUUUAUCAAAUAUCGUAAUUUUUGUUAUAUCGUUGUAUAAAUCUAAUGUAUGUCAAACACGAAAGACAUUUUCUGUUAAUCUUCCAUUAUUAUCGUAUUCAUUUCUUAUUCGUUUGGUAAAUCGAGCAUUUAAUUUAUAUUCAAAUUUUACGUUACAUACAAAACAAAAUUUAAUUAUCACAGAUGAUUUUGAUCUUGAUGGUUGUAUUAUGAAUCAAACAGAUGAACAUAAUUUAGAAUUUAUUGUUAAUCAAUAUGAUAUUGAUGAUUGGUGUAUUAUAGAAGAUGAUACUACGGAUAAUUUUGAAUUAAUUGAAAUUGAUAAUCAUUGUACAUUAGUUACAAUUAAAUCGAUUUGUAAUCGCCAUGAAACAUUAUUACAAAAAGCAACAAAUUGGUUACAUGGUUCAGUUAAUACAUUAUUAAAUAAUUAUUUAACAAAAAAAGAAUUUUUUCAAAUGUUAGAUUCAUCAACGGGUCGUUUAUUAAAUGAAGAUUUAUUACGACAACGUAUAUAUGAUAAUGGUUGUGAACAAUCCAUACGUAAAAUUGUUUGGUGUUAUUUAUUUCGUAUAUUUAAUCAAACAAUGACAAAUGAAGAUAAAAUUCAGUAUACAAUUAAAGCAAAAGAACGAUACAAUGAGAUGAAACAAGCUUGGCAAAGUAAACAAGAAUCGGAAAUAAUGAUAUUAGAAAAUUUAAUACAAAAAGAUGUAACACGUACUGAUAGUUCAGUAAAAUUUUUUGGUAAUAAAAAGAAUUUAUCUCGACAAAAAUUACAACAUAUUCUUAUGACUUAUUGUGUUUAUCAUCCUGAACCUGGUUAUGCACAAGGUAUGACAGAUAUGGCAGCACCCAUUUUAUAUGUUAUACGUGAUGAAGCAUUAGCAUAUGCAUGUUUUUGUGCAUUAAUGCGUUAUAUGACACCAUUAUUUCAUUCGGAUGGUAUUGCAAUAAAUCGUCGUUUAGAUUUAUUAAGAAAAACUAUUCAAGCUAUUGAUAUUGAACUGUGGAAUAAAAUUGAACAAUGUGAUAUUAGUAAUUUAAUGUUUGCAUAUCGUUGGUUAUUAUUAGAUUGUAAACGUGAAUUUCCAUUCAAAGAUAUAUGUUCUGUAUUUGAAACUCUAUGGGCAUCAUUACCACUUGAUCGAUUUGAAUUAAAUAAUAAUACUUAUUCAGAUGUUGAUGAUCUAUGUCCAUCAUCAAUAUGUUCAUAUCGUCAUAUAUCAAUGAUAUCAUCAAUAACAAAUACAAUAUUAUCUUCACAUUCAUAUUCAUCAAUUGCUGAAGAAAAUCAAUCGGAACAUUCAAGUAUUGAUGGUUGUGAUUCUGGUUAUCGUGAUGAACAAAUUUCAACAAUAGGCGAUUUAAAUAUAAAUUAUUCUCAACAAGAUAAUAUAACAAUAACAUCAUGUAUACCAUUAGAAAAAUGGUUAAAAAAAUUUUCAAAUAUUGAUAAUGAAUAUGAUUAUUCAGAUAUGUUUACAAUAUUUCUUUGUAUAGCUUUACUUGAACAAAAUCGUUCAUCAAUUAUGCAAGUAUCAACAAUAAAUAUUGAUAAUGAUGAUUGCAUUGGAUAUUAUUUUACACGUCUUGUUAGACAAAAUGAUGCUAAACAAGCAUUAAAAUUAGCAAGAAAUUAUCAUAAACAAUAUGUUGUAUUUCAAAUGCGUAUUAAACAAUUAUUAAUGUCGAACAAUUAA